AUGAAGAGAGUCUCAUUUUUGGGCAAGUAUCAUUAUAACAAGAAUGUUUACCUAGACUCCAAAAUGGCAUUGAUUGGCUCAGUAAUUAGAGUAUUUACCAGGUUAAUGAGCAUGGCAAUUGAUCAUUUGAUUAAGGCCGAGAAUAUUGGAAAUAAUCUCAAUUUCAUCAGGAAGAUGACUGACAUCCUAUGUGUACUGGAUCCGAGAACACCUUUACCUUAUAAGGCUCAACCCUUCAUAGGAGUUACUCUGACGAGGAGACCAGAAGCCGCAUGGACUCAGGAUCGUAUGUAG